AUGGUUCAAGGGCCAGUGGAGAAAGGUGCUGAAGGAGACAAAUCUGUUUCGAGUGAAAUUGGGAAAUUGGAACAAGCUCAGGGAGAUGGAGAGGCCAUAAAAUUUGGGUCACAUGGAGAUGAAACUGCUAAAGCAGAAGGAAAUGGUGUUUCAGAUUCCAAUGUCCCAAAAAACGCUGUUGAAGAGUGGACUGCGCCUGAGCAGACACAUUCUUUUUAUUUUGUCAGAUUCCGGCCAUAUGAUGAUUCCAACAUUAAAUCUGAAAUUGAUAAGCUUGAUAAAGAGAUUAACCAGAAAAAUACAGAGCGGUUUCAGCUCGCCGAUGCUCUAAAGGCAAAACGGGUGAGUCGAGAAUUCUUUCUUCAUGGUUGCUUGAUACAGUUGUUCUCAAUGGAGUUGAAAAUGGAAAGAGAAUCGAAGGAAAGAAUUACAUACGCCUUCUGUCACAUCUCACUACAAAAAAAGGGGUCAAUUCCAGGCGGUUGUUUUUUCUUUUUUGGGCGGUUCAAACCGCCUCCAAUAGAAGCUUUAACGCAGUCCGUAGAUCGCCGCCUUUAA